AUGGUUGUUACUCCCCCCAAGGCAAAACCACAGCCAUACGCACAGAAAUUAUCGCCAAUGGAGACGCUCACACUAGUACCAGGAUCUGAUCAUUUCACAAUGUCUAGUCUAGCUGCUCUCCAUGCAUCACCAUUUGCACAAGGCUUCAGCAACAAUGAAUGUCAAGCGGCUGGAAGGGCAUUGUUUAGGCAUGACAUGCACAUUUAUGGUGCUCAUUAUCACGCUAGGAAACCUGGUGAGAGGACUCUCACUCAUGUCGAACUAGUUGAGGCUGCACUCCAGGAUAUUUUUGAUGCAGUAACCAUGCAAGACCAUAUUGAUGGUGGAAUCUCUCUCCUCAUUCAAUGCCCAGGCUCUGAAGUGUCUUCAACAGCCUUGCCUGAGGAACUUGCUCUUGACCUCUACAUCACACCCCAUGAACUUCAAGAAACACCACAGUGCAUCAGUGGAGAUGUUACUACCUUAGUACAGGCUUUUGCUGCAGAAUUUGUGCUACCUCAUCUUCAACACUUUUCCAAGUGUUGUGCUGUCGAAGGCAUCAAACCACCUAAGCGCUUUCCUGCUGCACAUAUCAAUACUCAUGGUCCACAAUACCUUCCUGCACCCAUGGAUGCUGCUGGAGCCCAUAUUCAGUGCUCUGCGCAAUCACCGCAAGCUUUUUCCAAUGACUUCGAAGUUCAAGCUCAGUCAAAAGACUCCAACCAACAUCCUGCUGCUAUCCUGUCGAAGGCUCUGCUCGCUGACCUUCAAGUUCAACCUGAGGUUGUCAAGUAUGAUCUAUCAUAUUCAGUACUGACACUCAUUCUCAAGGUCCUUGGAAUUCUAGUCUUUUCUGAAUAUGUGUGUCCAUCUACCCUGAACCUGCCAUCCACAGCCUUGAAAUUUAUUUAUUUAUUCAUGCAAACAAUGGUCUCUCAGUCGUUUCAUGUCGUCAAGAGCGUCUCUGCAGGUCAGCGCAUUCAACUGCCACCUUGUACUUGUCCCAAGGUUGUUUUAAGCAAAGAAGCGCGAGCUGCACUCAUACACAGCCGACAGGAGAAGUCUCGUCAAUUCAGAGACGCCUUCAAUGACGCCUGGAACCAGCUUGAUGAGGCCACAAAGACCAUUGCUGUGUCUCACCACAAAAGUGUAUGCUACGUGCAAAAUGACUUGUGUUACAGUCACUACAUGAGCCCCCAGCUACUCAACCAGCCCUCCGCCACCUCGCACGGCAACGACACGAUAACCGGGCCUUUAGGCCUUGAUGAUAAAUGA